AUGACCCAAACCGAAACCUCCGGCGAAAAUAAUAAUUCCAAACCGGACAGAACCGGAUCUAUCUCGCCUGUACCGGAGUGGAUAACAGAGACGAUCAAUGGUGGAUCGCUCCGCCUCGUUGACCUCCAUACCGGAAUCAACGGCUGGGCUUCGCCUCCAGGCGACGUCUUCUCUCUCCGGUCCGCCAACUAUUUCACCAACAAACAGAAAUCUCCCGGCGGAGACUACCUCCUCUCUCCCGCCGGCGUUGACUGGCUCAAGUCCAGUACGAAACUCGAGAACGUCCUCGCUCGUCCCGAUAACCGUGUUGCUCACGCGCUCAGAAAAGCCCAGUCUCGCGGCGAGUCCCUGAAUAGCUUCAUCUUCGCGGUUAGUUUCCAUGUGCCAAGCAAGGAACCAUACAACUUGGUAUACUAUUUCGCGACGGAAGAACCGAUUCCUUCCGAUUCGCUGCUCCACCGAUUCAUCAACGGAGACGACUCGUUCCGUAACCAGAGAUUCAAAUUAGUGAGCCGGGUCGAGAAAGGUCCCUGGGUAGUCAAAGCAGCGGCCGGGAACUUCGGCGCGUUCCUUUUGGGUAAGGCUGCCAAGUGUACUUACCAUAGAGGAUCUAACUAUUUGGAGAUCGAUGUCGAUAUAAGUAGCUCGGCGAUCCUGGCGGCGCUUAUACGGCUUGUGCUGGGGUACGUUACAAGCCUGACGGCCGACGUUGGUUUCGUUGUGGAGGCGCAAGCGGCGGAUGAGCUGCCGGAGAGACUGAUCGGAGCUGUUAGGAUCCUUCAUAUGGAGUUAUCGUCUGCGUUUGUGGUCGACGAGCAUAAGCCUCAGCAACCGCGCAUAAUGAUGGGCUCGGUGAAAGCUAGCCACGACGACAGCGACGACGAGAAGGUUUGA